CCCAUGACAGAAUCGUGCAGGCGGGCUAGUGGCUAACAAGUUGACUGAAUAUCUGUGGUCAGCAGCCGGUAGAGCCAGUGACUGUGAAGUUCAUUUCUAAAUGUAGAAACUUUAAUCUUGACGCCACCGGGCUGAGGAGCACGCGACACAGCUGAAGCAGUAAAUACCUGACGUUGAUAAUAAACAUCAAAACGUUGCUAGCUAACAGUUAGCAUACAGAAACACGUCCCUGGGGACUGCCUACAUAUUUACAACCAGAGUUUACCUUCCGUGAGCCAGUCAGACAACCUCCCGACACCCACACACCGAAGCUAAGAGGCUGUGUUGUGAAUGUAAUGGUGUUUUCUGCUACCCGAGCUGCAUGAGAUAUGCAGUCGUCAGAGCAGCACUGACAGGCCUGACUCUGGUUCAACACAACCAUGGAGUCGUCCUCUGAGUCCCAGCAGGAGCCUGAGAAAACUUUGCACCAUGCAGAGUUGAGAGAGCACCUUGCCACCUCCGCUGCCGUAGUGUGCGGUGAUGACCCCGUCCUUCUGACCCCAGGCAGGAUGAGCCAGCGGCAGGUCAAGGACAAGGAGAAAGACAAAGACAAGGACAAGGACAAGGAGAAGGAGAAGGAGGCCGGCCUCCAAACGCCCAGCAGGGAGCACGUCGCCACCCCCUCCUCCCUCAGCCCGGGGAUCAGCUACAGCCACGCUGCGUGGGACGUAUCGGACAGUUUCCCGACCCCCCUCCUCGAUCUUCUACCCGUGAGUUUCCUUAGCACUCCCCCACCCCUCCUGUCCUUCCUCCCACACACCGAGGGAGCUCCCGCCGGCCCCAUGAUGAAGGAGGAGGGCCUGCUGAGUCGACGCCGUUUCUCCACGUGCGGCGGUACGGCGUCGCUUCGACCUCCACACCCAGAUGGACGCAAACUCAUCCGCAAUGCCUCCUUCGGGGGCUAUAACGAGCUGUCACCCAUCUCGCUGCCAGGUUUCGACAGAGGGAAGGAGGACCUCCUGCCUCUGCCUCUGAAAGAAGACUCACAUUCCAUAUCCAAGAGCAAAUCUGAAACGAAGCUGUACAAUGGCUCAGACAAGGAUGUGUCGGCAUCCGGAGGAAAGCUCACCAAGAAGGAGUCCCUCAAGGUGCAGAAGAAGAACUACAGGGAAGAGAAGAAGAGGGCGACGAAGGAGCUGCUCAGCACCAUCACCGACCCCUCCGUCAUAGUCAUGGCCGACUGGCUCAAGAUCCGUGGGACUCUGAAGAGCUGGACCAAGCUGUGGUGUGUUCUGAAACCAGGCGUCCUGCUCAUCUACAAAACACACAAGAACGGGCAGUGGGUUGGAACGGUGCUGCUGAACGCCUGCGAGCUCAUCGAGAGGCCGUCUAAGAAGGACGGCUUCUGCUUCAAGCUCUUUCACCCGCUGGAGCAGUCCAUCUGGGCUGUCAAGGGUCCUAAAGGAGAAGCAGUCGGCUCCAUCACGCAGCCAUUACCCAGCAGCCACCUCAUCUUCCGUGCUGCCUCUGAAUCUGAUGGUCGAUGCUGGAUGGACGCCUUAGAGCUGGCCCUGAAGUGCUCCAGCCUGCUGAAGAGGACCAUGAUCCGCGAGGGGAAGGAGGACAUGAGCACAGUCGCCACAGGCGGAGAACACUCCAUUAACUUCUACAGCCUGCUCAGAGCCCACAACAUCCACGGUUUCCAGUUCAACGACAGCGACCACUUGAAGGACCCAGACCUGUACUCGGACAAGUCGGACAGGGAGGGAGAGCAGGACCACGAGGAGUCAGACCCCGAAGGCCUGGAGAAGAGCGAGGAGAGCGACAGCGACACGUCGGAGCGCCAAGAUGACUCGUACAUCGACCUAGACCCCAACGAACAUCUGCGGGAAACACCGUACUUAGAGCAGUCGCAUGAGGAGCUGGGAGAGGCUGGUGAAGCUGCCCAGACUGAGACGGUAUCAGAGGAGAAUAAAUCUCUGAUCUGGACUCUGCUGAAGCAGGUGCGGCCGGGCAUGGAUCUGUCCAAGGUGGUGCUGCCCACCUUCAUCCUGGAGCCGAGGUCCUUUCUGGACAAGCUGUCUGACUACUAUUACCACGCAGACUUCCUGUCAGAGGCUGCAAUCGAGGAGAACGCUUACAACCGGAUGAAGAAGGUGGUGAAGUGGUACAUCUCGGGAUUUUACAAGAAGCCAAAGGGCUUGAAGAAGCCUUAUAACCCCAUCAUUGGAGAGACGUACCGCUGCAUGUGGCUCCACCAGCAGACCAACAGCAAGACCUUCUACAUCGCAGAACAGGUGUCUCAUCAUCCUCCCGUGUCUGCCUUCUACGUCAGCAACAGGAAGGACGGAUUCUGCCUCAGCGGCAGCAUCCUGGCCAAGUCCAAGUUCUAUGGAAACUCCCUGUCGGCCAUAUUGGACGGGGAGGCUCGGCUCAACUUCCUCAACCGAGGGGAGGACUAUGUGAUGAACAUGCCCUACGCUCACUGCAAAGGCAUCCUGUACGGCACCAUGACGCUGGAGCUGGGCGGGCAGAUCACCAUCGCGUGUGAGAAAACAGGCUACAGCGCUCAGCUGGAGUUCAAACUGAAGCCAUUCCUGGGCAGCAGUGACAGUGUCAAUCAGGUCUGUGGAAAGAUCAAGCUGGGGAAGGAGGUGUUGGCUACGCUAGAAGGACACUGGGACAGUGAAAUCUUCAUCAACGAUAAGAAGACGGGGACGGUGGAAACCUUCUGGAACCCGACGACGGAGCUGAGGCAGAGUCGACUGACGCGCUGCACCGUCCCUCCAGAGGAGCAGGGAGAGUCUGAGUCAGAAAGGCUGUGGCAGCACGUGACCCGCGCCGUCAACAACAAGGACCAAACCGAAGCCACCAAUGAGAAGUUCAUCCUGGAGGAAGCUCAGCGGAAGUCUGCCCGCGAACGGAAAGCCAAAUGUGAGGAGUGGAACCCCGCGCUGUUCGAGCAGGACCCCGUCACCGGAGAGUGGCAUUACAGAUAUGCCGACACGAGGCCAUGGGAUCCGCUCAACGACUUGAUCCAGUUUGAGAAAGACGGCUGUAUCCAGACCAAGGUCCGACACCGCACCCCUAUGGUACGUUCUGGCAGUCUUAUUAGUCUGAGUAACCAGGGGCCGCGGAGGGACAAUUGCAAGUGCCAGGUGACUGUGCCAAAGAGGAAACACAAGAGCGACAAGCCCAAGAGCCCCGAGAGUGGCUGCUCCUCACCCGAACCCGACCACCAGGACUCGUCUGGCAGCGAGCGACAUAAAAGCAAACAUAACAGUCGGCUGAGGAAAAAAGGGGCCGACCUCAGCGAACUUCAAAGUGCCAUUGAGUCUAUCAAGCAGACGCAGGAAGACAUCAACAGGAACAUCAGCGUGCUGCGGGGCCGCACGGCCGGCCGGGUGGAGAGCGGCUCCUUCCUCCAACAGCGCGACUACGUCAUCAUUGUUUUCCUCAUCCUCCUUCAGGUCCUCAUCAACUACGUCUUCAAGUAGCAGAGAGACACACACACAGUGUGGGACGCAGAGACGUGAACUUUGACAACUCUCUUCUUCUCUGUCUUUAUUACGUCCGACUACACACGUACAGGAAAGUGGAGACUUCCACACGGAAAGAGACUUUUUUAAAACCUGUUUAUUUUUAGCCAGUUCAUUCCAAAACUCUGCAGAGAUCCACAGAUUUCAAGAAGAAGAGGAGGAGGAGGAGGAGGAGGAGGAGGAGGAAGAGGGAGGAGAGGUGUUGGUGCGCUGAAGUCUCUACUGCCACUCUGGAGCUCGUUGAUGCCUUGAUGUUGGAGGCAAAGGCAGCGGCCAUUUUUUUUUAGCUGUUAUUUGUUUAGUUUUCCAGAUGGAGUGAAACUAUUGUGUGAUUUACAUUUCACCUCAAACAACAGGGAACCUUCGAACAUGGAGACAGAUUAGAAAGAACACCUUUGAUUUUAAUGUUUUUUUUAAUGUUUUCUUGGUGUGUCCUGUGUGAACAUGCGUCUGCUCAGUGGCAGUGAGAGGGACAGAAAAACAAAGUGGUCCAAAUCUAUGUGACUUUUAUUUUUUUAUUCUUAGAUACUUUGAUAUCGCCGGGGUGAAGAUAAAUAACACGAGAUAUUGUCAAAAGGAACAGAAGCUAUCAUUUCUGCUAUAAAAUAAAACUUCACCUUUUGCAUACAAAGUCGAUGUUGAAAGUCUGCGUCGUUGUAUCCUGUAGGUAGCAUGUACAGGCGGCGUGGUUACCACAUAUUGUACAGUAUUUUGUCUUCAGGCACAAAUGCACUGCAAACGUCAGAUAUUUGUUGUUGAUAUAGUUUUUUAUCAGUUGACAUCAAAAUAUUUUAACAUUUCUGCUCCGGAGGAGGUCUGGAGCAUCAACAGGCUCAAAACAAGAAGAUGUUUGUGAUUGCCCUCGUUUCAGGUAAAGGCAGUUUUGCUUUAAUCAGUCGUCUGGAAUAUGCCUUCUUAGACAUCAUGUCCAGUUUGAGGAAUGGAGUAGAAGGUGUGCUCAUUCGCUUUCUUGAGAGUUAGAUGAGCAGCUGCAAGAAAGUGAGUAAGUGCAUUUCCUAAGAUAAACUCUUUCUUUAAAAUGAGUUAUUUAAAUUUCCGAAGUCAAGUUGUGCAUCCAUCCGGUGAAAUGUAAAAGGUGUGAAGACGAGCCGAUGAAGAAACCGACCAAGAGAAGACCCUGAACUGAGCUGCCGACUCGGAUCUUCGCUUUCAGUGCGUUUGCGCCUCAGAUGUUUCUAGAAUAGACACUUUAGUAAACUACUAGUGGGAGGAGGAGAUAGACUUCUUCUAAGUACUACUAUCACCACAGUAAACCAUUCCAAAUGUACGCAAGUACCAGCCAAACUCAGUGUGUAGAGUAGGACCCCGUUCACUGUGUACAUAUCCAGCUCGUUCCUGGCGAGGAGCUUCCACGCCGAGGCUCCCACAGACACUGCGCUCUGUGCACAAGCCAGUCUUCAACCUCGUGUGUCUUUCUGUCUCCAGAUACACAUGGACACGGGGCAACACAAACAGAAGCUACACAAUUAGAUCCCUUUGAACAUGUACGUAAGACGUCGCUGUUCUUCAGCAGUUGGCUAACUGCAGAAGUGACCUGCUGCCUUCCUCUUUGGAAAACAUGUCGAGAUGAAGACGAGCUUAUGAAGAAGUUACGGGCUGAGUUUCUCCUGGAUGAAGGCAGCUCGUUUCACCACACACACAGUCUCACAAUUUAAAAUACUUCUCAUUGAGGCAAUUCAAAAAGAUCCAAACCCCUCAUGGGCGAAUCUGAACAUUGAUGUUGUAUAUCUCUACAUCUCUACCUGUCAUGAUGUUAGCCUUGUCGACGUUUACAUAUCCGACUGCCUCCGCCGUCAGCAGACUGUUGAGCGAUGAACACUUUGUAACGCAGGCGAAGAAAGACUGGUAGCGUCGUCGGGAGCCAGCUGUACCCCGUAUGUUACCCGGCUGGCCCGUGUGUAUCUGUACGUGUAUUAUUGUGUAUCCUCAUUGCCUCGAUCGCUCAUCGUAAACAGAAUCCAGAUGUGAGAAUGUGGAGAAAUAAGUUUAUACCAGUGCCUUCUAGAGUCGGACUGGGGAGGGGGUAGAGAGGGGGUGUAGUGGAAGGGGGGGGGGGGGGGGUGAUGGUGUGGAGCAAAGUGUCCCAAGGUGAACUAAUAAUGAUCUGAAUAACAGCAGAAGGUGGUGGGACGGAAGAGGGUCAGAGCCUCGUGCAGGAUUCUGACUUCAAACUCAGAACUCAUUUCCCCGCAUGGCUCUGAUCCUCGUGGCGGCUGCUGCCGUCACUACAGUUUGUAGCGCGGUGCCAUACAUGGCCUCACAAACUGACCCCCCCCCCCCACACCACCCCACCCAGCUUCCCCCCCCCGGAGCGUCGCCCGUAGUAACUCACCCGUAGGUUUCCGGAUGCUGAUUCCUGCCACAGAAGAGAGAAAUAAUCUCUCACACACCAAAUUCAGAGGGAAAUAAACGUCUCUGCUGUUUGUUGUUGUAUCUGUAAAAUAAUGCGUUUUAUUUAUUCCUCUUUUCUAUCUGGUUUCUUUUGUUUUCUGCUCGUAGUGUUCGACCUCUUUUAAAACAACACGCAGUUGGUUUUAUCCCACUCGUUACUCGACACACACAAGCGACUUGUGCACACUGUCAGUGUCAACUGCCCCACACACACACACACACACACACACACACUUUUUCCUAUCUGAGUAUGUGAAUAUAUUUACUGUAUCUCCAAGGCAACUAUAACUUCCUGUAAGUUAAUGGUCACAUGUAACAUAACACAGAAUAAAAACAAAUGACAUCCU